CAGUCUCUCUCCAGUAUCAGUGUAUCUUCAGACUUACCCAGCAUCGUUGUCCGUCCUCUUCAGUACUUUGGAGAUGUGAGUCAGACUGUGUCUGAACUGAGAGAGAAACUAGAAGACUUCCUUAAAGGAGAAUGGACCAAGAUCUCCACUACAGUGAAUAUAGUGGAUGUUGUACUGCCUCCAGAGCCCAAGACCAGAGAACAGUUGUUACAAUAUUCCUGUCAGCUCACACUGGACCCAAACACAGCACACACAGACCUCUCUCUGUCUAAAGGGAACAGAAAGGUGACCUGUACAGGCCAAGUCCAACCAUAUCCUGACCAUCCAGACAGAUUCACCAACUACUGGCAGGUUCUGUGUAGAGAGGGUCUGUCUGGACGCUGUUACUGGGAGGUGGAGAGGACUGGUGAUGUUGUUACAGCAGUCUCAUAUAAAGACAUCAGCAGAACAGGGAGAGGUAAUGAUGGUAGAUUUGGAUACAAUAACAAGUCCUGGAGUUUAAAGUGCUCUAGUGAUGGUUAUUGUUUCAGACACAAUCAUGUUGAGACUAAAGUAUCAGGCCCUCAGUCCUCCAGAGUAGGAGUGUACCUGGAUCACAAGGCAGGUACUCUGUCCUUCUACAGUGUCUCUGACACAAUGACCCUCCUCCACAGAGUCCAGACCACAUUCACUCAGCCCCUCUAUCCUGGGUUUGGUCUCUAUUAUUAUAAUUAUACUGCUGAGCUGGUUAAACUGUAAACUGAUUUGUUAUUAAUUAAAAUUCAAUCCAAUGUUUUAA